CUCGUUCAACCUGUUUGUUCGAGGAAUUGAGAGUGUAAUUUGUCACAAUUGUCACCUCGUUAUUUACUUUCAACUAACAAUCUCUUGACCCUACUUCGGUAUGCCAGGAGAUUUCUGCAACUUGGAAUUUCUUCAAAACAAAAGGAAAUGCAGAUAAGGUACUCAAUUACACGGUACACGUCUAACAAUAAAUAUCAUCAAAAAAAGCUGAUAGUUCUUGGUAUGCUGUUAGAAGAAGACCAUGAGCGGAAAUUGAAAUCUGGACCAAGCGAUAUUCGAACAACUCAUGGGAUCAUAAUCCAAGUGCUGAGUAAAAUGCUUCAUCAAUACUUCUUUCAGUCAACAAAGUAGAGACCAAAUAAUAGGAUUGGUAUCGAUAGUCGUUGAAACAAAUUGGGGUAACUCAUUGCACAAAGACUGUCUAGUUUCACGUUCUGUCAUACAUAUAGUUUUUACGAUAAGUUAUCGGUCAGAUACAAGAGACAACUAUUCCCAUCCGUUGGGAAACUGAAUAAAAUUUACCUAGUUCGAUUUUUUUCUAGGAAAUGCAGAAUGAUCGCUGUGUCAAAUUAACUGCACAUACUGUCCAGUGUUUCUGGUUGUUUAAUUCGUCUGUCGGUCAUGACUUGAGAAAUUUUGCCAAGUAUUGCAGUCGACGGUUCGGUGAUUGCUGUAACAAUGAUUUAUUUUACCCUUAUGAUCGUGGUACGUCAAAAAGCGAUUCAUGUAUCGAGCACUCGACAUACUCAGGAUUUUGUUUUGGCUAAAGUCUUCUGCCCAAAUCCAUCAUUCUCUCAAGUCAUCCAUAUACUCGAGACAAUAAAUCAAGGUCUAAGUAUAGCAUUAUACUCAAAAACAACCGCUGCAAAACAAAUGGAUGAAGAUCGUCGUAUCACCUAAGAAUUGUCAUUUCCAAUCACCGUUUUGCGAUGCAUAAAAAAUUACUAAUUUUCGCUGGUUAAAUUCGUCCGAGAGUCGCGACAAUCGAUCGAUCGUCGUGCCCGCGAGUUUGAUCAAAUCGAUUGCGCGUGAUUUUACAUUUUGAAUAGACGAAACUUGCAUCUUUGCUUAAUAUGCACAUUACAAGGGGUUCGAAUUGAGGCAAUAAUUUUAUGUGCGAAAGUCUAGUUCCCCUCGAAGCGAAAGCAUCGGGGACUAAGAUAAUACUAACAAUUGCCCUCCGGAUUCUAACGCAAAAAUGAGACCUCGAGCAAACUUCAGUGCAAAGUUCAAAGAGGAUAACCGUUCCCGUCGGUCUUAGCGGGGCUAAAGGCAAGCAUUAUAAAGAUUUAGGGUGGUCACGUUGAUCAGGCAGGCGCACAGCUGGCUCGAAUCCAAGAACCGCCGUCUACGUCAACGCAGAAAACCAGGAGCAGCAACCACAAACCAGCAGCAGCAGCAGCAGCAUCACCAGCAGCAGCAGCAGCAGCUGAGCAUCUCGAGACAUCGAAAUUUGCGAGCUGCUGCUGUCGGAAAUAAAUAUUGAGCCGUUACGAUAUGAGAAUAAAAUUCUUAACAAAAAUUUAAGCAAUCGCAACGUCCGACGACUAAUUGAUGAUAUUUAUUUUAUCAACUGAUUAAUUACGCGCAAAUUAUUGUGAUAGUGUUUAGUGAUACUUUGAACCGCGCUUUUACCGUUGUUACAUUGUCGCUAAAAAUAAAUAAUUAAAUUAAUUACCUGUAUCGAAAGUUGAAAAUUGACGAAUAGUAAUAAAUAUCAACGAUAAUAAUAAAAAUUGUUAACAAGUUGUUAUUAAUGUUUUCAUAAUUACGAAAUAAAAUUUCCAAGUUUUCUUAGAACCGCUGAUUUAAAUAUUAACGGUGAAUCGUUGUUGCUGUGGUGGUGAUAUCUCGUUGAAAAUAUUGAAAAAUACAUAGAGUGCAAAAAAGUAGUUCGAAUUUAUGGGUAUGAAUCUGCCUAUAUAACUCUACAUACAUUUGAACGGGAUCGAUAAUAUUCUAUUCUAUGUGAAAGGCACACGCACACACGCACGCACACCGAGAUAUCUACAUAUAGAACACGUUUAUGGUGAAUUAAUUAUUAUACACAGUGACAUUUUAUCUGCAUACCCACACACACACACACACACACAUACGCACACACGCACGCACAUGUGAAAUAAAUAGUACGAUAUUACUCGAGAUUUGUAACGAUAUACAUUACAAUUAGUGUUUUCUCGGAAGCUGAUCUUUCUUUCGUGUUGUUUUUUUUGGUCUCUGUUUUUUCCUGGACCUCGCGACAUUCCUAGCAGUUUUCCAAGAGUGAGGAUCAAGGAGCACCCGGGCGAACAGAGGGAAGAGAUAACGGAGAAGAGGAGGCAGAAACAGAAUGUGUUUGAUCGGCGGUGCGAGUAUCUUUUUCGAGAGGUGCGAGAAGAUCGUUCGAGGGGUGGUUGAAUACGAUUGAGAUAUGACGUAGUAUAGCCCUGUCGCGAUCGUUUGAAAAGAAAUCCGUAUCUCAUGCUUAACGAGAGAAAGUUUGACUUGGAUGACAGUUCGGGUGUAAUAGAAGCAAGUUCCGAUCGUAAUGGAAAUGGAGCUCCAAGCGCGUCAAUGUACUCUCAGAUUCCUAAUCUGGAUACAGGCAUGGAUUCGUUUACGUUCGAUCCAUCCCUCGUCACGGUCGGGAAUUUGUCGACCCUCGGGAAUUUCGGUAACCAAUUGUCGAACAUCGGCAACAACAAGGAGGUCCGUUACGCCUCGUUUUCAACGGUACCGUCAUCCGCCUUGCCAUCGAUGCUUCCGCCACCUUUGCCGCCACCUCCGCCACCUCUUCCUCUCCACAUGCAGCAGCGUAUCUAUUCGAGGUCAAUGACAUCUCUGCCUCCGGAGCCGUUUAUGCUGAUGCGCUCGAAGGCCUUGAACAGAAGAGUAUGCAUAAACGUCGGCGGUGUUAAACACGAGGUGCUUUGGAGGACAUUGGAACGGCUUCCACACACCCGUUUGGGUCGUCUCCGAGACUGCAAUACUCACGAAGCAAUAACUGAGCUUUGUGACGAUUACUCGUUAAUAGACAACGAAUUUUUUUUCGACCGACAUCCGAAAUCAUUUAGCUCAAUAUUAAAUUUUUAUAGAACUGGUAAAUUACAUUUAGUCGAUGAAAUGUGCGUUUUAGCAUUCAGUGACGAUUUGGAGUAUUGGGGUAUAGAUGAAUUGUACCUCGAAAGUUGUUGUCAGCACAAGUAUCAUCAGAGAAAAGAACACGUUCACGAGGAAAUGAGAAAAGAGGCUGAAUCGCUCAGGCAACGUGAGGAGGAAGAAUUUGGCGAGGGUAAAUGCGCCCAAUAUCAAAAAUGCCUUUGGGAUCUUCUUGAAAAACCAACGACUUCUAUCGCCGCAAGGGUGAUAGCUGUGAUAUCGAUACUAUUUAUUGUGUUGUCAACAAUCGCAUUAACUCUGAACACGAUUCCUAGUAUGCAAGUGAAUGAUCAAAAAGGAAACUUUCAAGAUAAUCCUCAACUAGCGAUGGUGGAGGCGGUUUGCAUCACUUGGUUUACACUCGAGUAUGUACUUAGGUUCAGUGCCUCGCCGGACAAGUGGAAAUUUUUCAAGGGAGGUUUAAAUGUUAUCGAUUUACUUGCGAUACUCCCUUACUUCGUGUCUCUAUUCCUCGUUGAAACGAACAAAAAUGCAACGGACCAAUUCCAGGAUGUGCGUCGGGUUGUACAAAUUUUUCGUAUAAUGCGUAUACUGAGGAUACUCAAGCUUGCACGUCAUUCUACAGGAUUACAAAGUCUUGGCUUUACAUUGCGAAACUCUUACAAAGAGCUUGGUCUACUCAUGCUAUUCCUUGCUAUGGGAGUAUUGAUAUUUUCAAGUCUCGCUUAUUUCGCCGAAAAGGAAGAGCCUGGGACUAAAUUUAUAAGCAUUCCGGAGACGUUUUGGUGGGCAGGAAUCACCAUGACUACCGUAGGGUAUGGGGAUAUCUACCCAACAACUCCCCUCGGAAAAGUGAUUGGAAGUGUUUGUUGUAUAUGUGGUGUCCUGGUAAUUGCGUUGCCCAUUCCAAUUAUCGUCAAUAAUUUUGCUGAGUUCUACAAGAAUCAGAUGAGACGUGAAAAAGCACUUAAAAGGCGGGAGGCUCUGGAGAGGGCCAAAAGGGAAGGAAGCAUUGUUUCCUUUCAUCACAUCAAUCUGAGGGACGCUUUCGCUAAGAGCAUUGAUCUCAUCGACGUCAUCGCUGAUACCGGUCAGAACAUGUCGGGGAUAGACGGGAACAGUACGGAAGGCGAAUCGGCAUGUGGCCGAGGUCCUGCUCAAACUGGUCCUGGAUGUUAUCGUAACUACGAGCAUUGUAGCAUAAAUACUCAUCGAAGAAGCGCGUCCAAUUGUCUACCGACCCUGCCUAACGAUCUGUCAACUCCGGACAGCCCGAAUCAUCGACUCCUAGAUUUCGCACCGAAUUCAUCACCCAGUAGGAACAACGACUACUUUCAAGAUGAUAUUCCCAUCCAACAAUCGACGCAAGGGAAUACCACACCCAGUGAUGAAGCUGAGAAGAAGGACGGUAGAAAAUUCGACAAACUUGAAGAAUUGCCUAGUGAAUUCGAAUGCUGUUUUUGUACUACAAAGGAGUAUAAGGAUUUUAGGGAUGCGGAGAAUUUGAUGCCUCUGGCAACGAGCGACUUCCGGAAUCCUAUUUGCCAAGAACUGAAAGCACUGCGUGAUUCCUGCAGCAAUGCGGAAUCCAGUAACUUUGGAUACUACAACUAUCAAAAUUCGCCGAAUCAGGAGACCUAUUCGACCUCGUAUUUCAAAAACAAUAACAACGAAUCCUGUAGCGCUGAUAGUACCGACACCUUCGCCAGCUGCCAUACCCACUUUUUUCACUCCCAAGGUGACCUUACCGAAGAAGGGGACAGCAAUCUUUACAUCAACCCCUUGGAAAGCACCGCUGACAAGUGUAAUGAUUGUCAUCAUCAAAGUGCGUCAACAAACACAAAAAAAAAUACACCUACUGGUGUUUUACUCCACAUAUCUGACGCAGUGCAGUCUUCGAACAAUCAAACUACUCAAAAUAACGAACAGGCGAAUGACGAGGGCAGAGGAAGUAGCAAAGAUGUUUCUCUACCGAAACACAAAAAAACCCGUAUCCAACAAAGUGAAAGACUACGUCCCCAUUUUGGACUAACUCCAGAUUCUAUAUCGACCGUGGUCGGGAUAGCGAUCGAAAGUACAAUCGCAAGGGAUAGUAAUAAUCAAUAUUCAGGAAUUACUGGCGCCCAGGAAAAUGGCAUACUAACACAAGCUGCUGAUAAUUUUACUUCCCCAUCCCGAAUAAUCCAUCAUCAUCUAUUUGGAAACAUAACUGGCUUAAAGCACUCUUAUUCUGGAAAAUCCAGUGGGAGUAAGUUGUCCCUAUCCAGCAACUCGAUAGACAGUGAGACAAUGCCGUUUAUAGAUCGGCAUCGAGUAUCCAAGUCGAUUUUGAAGAAAUCGGAUGCCAGCGGUAACGUACGCUACAACAACGAUAGCUGGGACUCUGACAAGGAAAAGCUGAUAUCGGAAAACACCUCAGCCACCAGUAUUUACGACAGCGAAGGUGACGCUCGUGAUGCCAUGCUGAUAAAAUGCCCUCUACCAAAACCGACGUCGCAAUCUGUAUCGGAGCAACAACCAACUUUUGGAACUCUGACAACCAAACAUAAAACUGAGGGCAAACACCGAGACACCACUUGCUCCGAUCGUACUUCAGCCAAUGCAAAAAACUGUACCACGGUGUUCUCCAAAUCACUGUUCGACGCUCCCGAAGAGGAAAAGCAAGCACGUGACGAAGCGGCUACUGAAAACAAGAGCAAGGGAUACAAAGACGAGCAUAAAGCUAGAGAAUCGGAUUCCAAAAGGAACCAACGUUCCAAAGGAGUGAAGGGAAAACACCAAUCCACAUUCAUAUGUACCCCAAACUCGUAUAAUGCAGAGAAUACAGGUGAGAAAAGUGUGAUCCGGGACAGAGAAAGGAAGAAGAUAUUGAGCACUAAACCAAAUAGCAGUACAAAUCAAAAUCCCACACCUGCAAAUUCUAAUUGUUAUUAUACGGAUUAUAAUCGGUUCACCUCCUAGCAGAGAAAACCGAAUAAUUAUUACGAGUAUUAUUUAUGAACAAAGUUUUUAUCUCCAGGAGUUGAAAAGAUAUUAAGGGUAUGACACCUGUUUGUACAAGUAGAUAUAUCAACAAUGUUAUUUUGAACGAGUAAUUUUAAUGGCCGAAUAACUUGGAAUAAUGCCCCAAGAAUCAUAAUUAGGAUGAAGAGUUUUUUGAAUAGCAUGAAAUGUUAACGGUUGACAUGUAUAUGAGUAUAUGUAGAUAGAUAUUCCCACAACGUUAUGGUUGAUCGGUAUGCAUAUCGAACACUGUAGAGACGAUGUGCAUCGCUUGUUAUUAGAGAAUAUUUUUGGACGCUCUUCUUGGAUGGUUUUAAACUGGAGGAUAAAUAAGAUAAUAAAUUAAUUGAUAUAACAGAGUGUGAGGCGUCUAAUACGAUUUAAAACGGGCACGCGUUCGACUAAUUGUAAGUUACUUCACAUUUUUUCGUAGACGUCAUUUUACUUGAUUCGAUUCCUCUGAAUGCGUUCGAUGGGACUUAAUCGGCCGGCAGGAUACGUAGUUGAGUAAAUUCUUUAAAUGUACAUACGUGUACCACCCACAAACAGAGCAAAAUACGACCAAGGAAGGCAAAGAAAAGAAUACAUCUAGUGCAGUUACCAAUAAUUUCACUAGCAAUAGUCCAGAAAUAGUCGCGCAUAAUGUUUACGUAGCGCAAUGAUAACAUAUUAUGUGAUUCUACACACUCAAUUGUUCAAUAAAGAUUUGUCAAACAAUCAUUAA